AUGGAGGAAGGCGUAGAGUGUACAGCAGCAGCAGCAAAACUAUUUGCUGCUUAUGGGGGCUCUCCUUGGAAGCAGCAGCUUCAGCUUUGGGCUGCAACAGCCCCCAAGGUGAUAGCAGUAUCUCUCCUCAACAAUGAGGCUGAGGUGGCGGAGCAGCGAACAUUUGCUGCUUUUAGGGACGAAGCAAUUGCUGCUGCAGCAGUGCUGCAGCACCUGCUGCAGCAAAGACAGCAGCAGCCGCAAGAGACAGCAGUUGUUCUAAGCAUUUCGCAUGAGCUGACGUUUCUGCCGAUGUUCUUCGGCUGUCUCCUCGUGGGAGUCCCUUCGGUCCCCUUUCCUUCUCCGCGCAGCUCUCCUACUGUCCUGCUGCAGCAGCAGCAGCUGCAGCAGCAGCUGCAGCAGCUGCUGCAGCAAGCCCCAUCACCAUGGAUAGUCCUUAGUGACGAUCCUGAUAUGCGAUCCGCUGCGCGCUCCGCGAGAGAUGGGGUUGAGGCCAUUGACAUAACUGAAGCACUUCAACAGCAGCUGCAGCAGCACAAGCAACAGCAGCAGCAACAGAAUAAUAACCCCAGCAGCAACACCAGCAACAGCAGCAGCAGCAGCAGCAGCAUUGCUGUGAUACAGCUGUCUUCGGGGUCUACAGGGCGCCCCAGGCCUUGCGCAAUAUCUCAGGGGGCCCUUCUUUAUUCUGUACACCUCAACCUGCGGCUGGGCCAAUGGCCUGCAUGCAGCAGCAGCAGCAGCAGCAUCGGCAGCAGCAACAGCAACACCAGCAGCGGCAGCAGCAGCAGCAGGUGUGUUGUAGAUGCCAGCUGCAAGUGCUGCUGCAUCUCCUGUAGCGCCCCAUCUCCGGUGUACGUACACCUCAUGGAGCAGCAGCAUAACGAAAGGAAACGGCUGAAGCAAAAAAGGGUAGCAGCUCUCAGUUGGCUGCCGCUAUACCACGAUAUGGGUCUCCUUGGCUUUGCCUUCACUUCGCUUUUCUUCGGUAUUUCUCUGUCUCUUCUUCCAACUGCUUCAUUUGCUGGGGCCCCCCCUUUAUGGCUGAGGGCCCUCAAACGCACUCAGCCCAACAUCACAGGGGCCCCAGACUUCGCCCUUCGCCUCUUAGCUCGAAUACAGCUCAACAAUAAUACCCUAACCCAACCUACAGGGGCCCCACAAGGGGACCCUCAAGGGGCCCCCGAAGGGGCCUCCAAAGAGGGCCAGCAAGGGGCCCCCAAAGGGGGCCCCCAAGGGACCUCACAAGGGGCCCCCCAAGGGACCCCGAAAGGGACCUCACAAGGGGCCCCCCAAGGGGCCCCCAAAGGGGCCCCCAAAGGGGCCCCCAAAGGGGGCCCCCAAGGGAACUCACAAGGGGCCCCCAAAGGGGGAUCCCAAGGGAACUCACAAGGGGCCCCCAAAGGGGCCCCGGCACAAGGGGCCCCCCAAGGGGCCUCCCAAAGAGGGUACUAUGAGAGUAGAGAGAGCAGCAAAGGACGGGGCUUUGAGGCUGCUAAAAUAAAAGAAGAAGAGGAGGGCCCCAAAGUGGGUCUCCGCGAGUUCGAAGAGCUGCAUACAUUUAUCUGCGGUUCAGAGAAGAUAAACCCUCAAACUUUUUGUUUAAUGAAUCAAGCUUUCAAUAGUACUGGCCUGAAGCCUGAAGUUCUUGUAGCUGCCUACGGCUUGGCAGAGCAUUGCCUCGCUGUCACCGAUCGGCGCCGCAUCAGCAGCAGCAGCAGCAGCAGCAGCAGCAGCACUGAUGCUGUGGGUUGCUGCUGCCAUCCUGCGGAGCCCCUGCUGCUGCGGCUUGACGCAGCAAAACUUGAGAAGGUAAAGGGUUCACCAGCAGUGAGGGAGCAGUAUUCAGUUGCUAUUGUCGAUCCUCAGCAGGGGUGCCCUCUUCCUUCAGGUAGAGUUGGUGAGGUUUGUGUGUCUUCACCAGCUUUAAUGAGUUUCUAUUUAGACGAAAAAGACAAAGAAAGCAGCAGCUUCUUGUGGCUGCCCGUCUCUGCAGCAGUAGCAGCACCCGCCACUGCAGCAGCAGCAACAGCAGCAGCAACAGCAGCAGCAGCAGCAGGCAAGAGGAGACGCUUUCUUAGGACAGGCGAUCUAGGGUUUCUAUCGGGGGCGGAGCUCGUACUCACAGGUAGACUGAAGGAAACCCUCAAAGUUAGGGGGAGGUCAAUCAGCCCCCACACCAUAGAAACUGUAGCUGCUGCUGCUGCAGCAGCUGCAGCAGCAGCAGCAGCAGCAGCAGCAGCGGGGAAGCGGCUGAUAAGGACGCAUGCAUGCGCCGCCUUCCCUAUCGCCAAAGAAGAAGGUGAAGGAGUGGGCCUGGCGAUUGAAGCAGAGCCUGAAGCUGCUGCCUGGGGAGAGACUAUCUGCUGCCGUGCUGCUGCAGCAGUGCUGCGCGAAUGCGGUGUUGCGCUGCAGCAGCUGUGGCUGCUGCGGCCCCACACCCUUAAAAAAACCACCAGCGGGAAGCUGCAGAGAGCAGCAACCAGGGAUUUCCUGUUGUUGCUGCAGCAGCAGCAGCAGCAUCAUCAGCAGCAGCAGCAGCAGCGCAGGGUAGACGGCGAGGCCAGAGACUGCGUGUUGUUCUAUCUGGACACGGCUGCUGCUGCAGCUGCUGCUGCUGUCAGUGAAACCACAGCAGCCAAAGGAUCAGCACCAGCAUCAGCAGCAGCAUCAGCAGCAGCAGCAGCAGCAGCCGAUGCCCCUAGUGGGCGCAUGUGGCUGCUGCAGCAGCUGCAGCGGCUGAUAUUCAGGUGUAUCGGCAUCUUCCCUCAUCCUGAGGCCUCGUUGCAUGCACUGGGCAUCGACUCCCUUGCUGUUGCUGCUCUUCAUGCAGCAGCAAAAGAGCAGCUGGUGGUGCCGCUGCAGCUGCAGGAUUUGCUGCAGGCGGAAUCCAUCAGUGCGCUUGCCGAUCUGCUGCUGCAGCAGCACGGGCACGCAAUCGCUGCUGCUGCUGCUGCUGCUAGUGCUGCUGCAGGUGGCGCUGGCUGGCAGCAGUCUCAGCAGCCUGCAGACACCAGCAGCAGCAGCAGCAGCAACAGCAGCAGCAAGAGCAAGUCGUUUGGUGCUGCAGCAAGAGGGCAUGCACUCAGCUCACGCAUGCGAAGGGAUCGCCGCAGAGCAGCAGCUCUGCUGCAGCCGGAGAGGCCCAGCAAGCAGCAGCUGCUGCUGGAGCAGCAGCAGCUGCAGCAGAAGCCCAUCCUAGGCAUCACUGGUGCUGCUUGCCGCCUCCCUGGGGGAGGUCUGGCCAGCUUCGCUCAACUGAUGGGGGACCCACCCGAAAGCCGCCCGCAGCUGCAGCAGCAGCAGCAGCAGCAGCACAUGCCGCAGAAGCAGCUAAAACAGCAGCAGCAGCAGCAGCAGUUUUGGGGUCCUGCUUGGCUGCAAGGUGGAUACUUAGAAGACAUCAUAUCCUUUGAUAACGCAUUCUUCGGUAUUUGUGAUGCGGAGGCAGCGUCUAUGGACCCGCAGCAGCGGCUGCUGCUGGAGACAACUUACGAGGCAAUUGAUGUGGCCGGCCUCACUUUCAAAAGGCAGCUGCUGCAGCAGCAGCACCUGCAGCAGCACCACCACAGUGCAGUCGAAGAAAUAGGGGAAGACACAGCGGUGUUCAUCGGCUGCAGUUCAGUAGACUGGCGUAGUGUGCUGGACGUGGAUGCUGGGGGUUCAUUUUCGCUGCCGAGUUCUUCUUUGAGUCUGCUUAGCUGCCGCUUGUCUCGAGAGUUUCAUUUGGUGGGGCCCUCCUUUGUUAUAGAUGCUGCAUGCGCUUCGGGGCUUGCUGCGCUGCACAUCGCGCAGCAGCACCUCAGCAGCAGCAGCAGCAGCAGCAAGUGGGCAAUCGUGGGGGCCAGCAACUUGGUUCUGGAUGCUGCAGCAGCAAAAGCAUUUGCUGCUGCUGGCCUUCUAUCUCCCUCAGGCCGCUGCCGCUCCUUCGACUGUCAAGCAGAUGGUUGUGUAAGGGGAGAGGCUGUUGUGGUGCUGCUGCUAGAACAGAUCAGCAGCAGCAGCAGCAACAGCAGCAGCAGCAGCAACAGCAGCAGGAGCAGCAGCAACGGAAGCAGCAGCAGAGAGGAUCACGUGCUGUGUUAUCUGCGGGGCACCGCGCUGCAGCAGUCGGCUAGAACUCAGAGCAUCACUGCUCCUAGCUGUCUCUCGCAGCAGCAGCUGCUGCAGCAGGCGUUGCAUGCAGCAGAUGCUGCAGCAGAAGACAUAUGCUUGCUUGAGGCCCAUGCUACGGGGACCAUGUUAGGGGAUGCUGUUGAAGCAGCAGCAAUUGCUGCAGUGUUUGCUGCUCCGCAGCAAACUCUCCAGCCCUGUCCUAACUGUCUACGCUUCCAGCAGGAGCAACAAAAGCAGCAGCAGCCAAAGCAGCAGCACAAGCGCAGAGGAGUUACCCGAAGUGCAGCAGCAGCAGCAGCAACUUCAACAACAACACCGGCAGCAGCACGCUGCUGCAGAUCAAAGGACAGCGACUGGGAAGAUGUGGUGGUAACAACGGAUCAACCCAGCAGCAGCAGCAGCAGCAGCAGCAGGAUAAGCAAGUGCUGCUGCCGGCGUUUAGUAGUAGGUUGUAUGAAGCCUUCUGUGGGGCAUAGCGAAGCAGCAAGCGGGUUGUCAGGGCUGCUGCGAGCAGCUUUGUCUCUGCUGCACUGCAUCUCUCCUCCUAGUUUGCUGCUGCAGCGGCUUCAGCCGGAGAUAGAGCAGCAGUGGAGCAGCAGCAGAAUCAUAAUGGCUUCUAAACCCUUUCAUAUUAAUCUUCAAGAGUGGGUAGCAAACCCUAGCAGCAGCAAACAGCACUCUAAUAAAACCCAGGAGGGCCCCCUAGCUGUUGCUGCUGCUCUCGGCUUUGGGGGCUCGAUUGCCUACGCAGUCAUCUCUAGAAACAACAGCAGCAGCCGCAGAAUGCUGCUGGAGCAGCAGCAAACAAAUAUCGCCUGGAGACACACACAAUUCCCUCUCCUUUCGGCUCACCAACAGCAGCAGCAGCAGCAACAGCAGCAGCAGCAGCAGCACGCGCUGCAGCAGCUCCUGCAGCCAGAAUUGACGCACCAUUUCUGGGGACCUCCGGACGAGCCAGCAAAAAAUCCCGCACCGGCAGCAGCAGCAGCACCCGCAGCAGCAGCAGCAGCAACAGCACCUGCAGCAGCAGCAGCAACAGCAGCAGAAGCGGGGAAGAAGCUCCCGUUACUGCUGCUCUGUACGGAAGCAACAGCAGCAAACUGGAAGCAGUCGCUCUCGCCUUCUGGUGCGCACGUCGCCGUUGUGGGGCCCCACACCUCAGAGGAAGAUAUUAUCCUUCUGUUGCAGCCGCAGCAACAGCAGCAACAGCAGCAGCAGCACCAACACCAUCACAAGCAUCAGCAGAAGAAACAGCUGAAUUGGGGCUGCAUUGUACUGGGCGCCUUUGUUGCUCCUCCAGCCCAUACAGCAGCAGCAGCACAGCAGCAGCAGCAGCAGGUAAUGCAGACGCUCCAAGGUCUCCUACAGGGCUAUCGCCUGCUGCUGCUGCUGCUACAGGCUUUAGAGGCCCUCGGCGAGCAACAACACCACGUUCCCCCUGUUUUGCUGUUGCUGGAGGUCCCCCCAGAGAACAGCAACAGCAGCAAGAACAGCAGCAGCUGCUGCAGCAGCCGUUGCUGCAGGAGCACGAGCACAACGUGCUGCUGUGAGGCAGCAGGCUUGGCUUCAGGGGGCCUGCUGGAGCUGCUGGUAGAUACAGCAGCAAACUUCAGCAGCAGCACCAGACGAACCACCAACUUCUCUAUAGCCGUCUACGAGCAGCAGCAGCUGCAGCAGCAGCUGCAGCAGCAGCAGCAGCAGCCAGCUGACCAGCUCCUAGAGAAGCUGCGCUCGGUAGCAGCAGCUGCUGGCUGGCCCCGCUGCUUCCGAGUCUCUGGGCUAUCUGCGGCCUCAGCACCAGCAGCAGCGGAAGCAGCAGCAGCAGCAGCAACAGGAAAUAUUCAGGUUGAGGUGCACAGACAGCAGCGUCUCUCUCCUUUGCCUCCGAGGGCCCCGGUGCUGCAGCACCGUCGCGAGGGUUUUACGCAUUUGUUUGCUGUUGCAGAUGGUUCUGGUUUGCUGCUGCAGCAGGUGGAGCAGCAGCAGCAGCACCAGCAGCAGCUGUCUGCUAUUGAAGCAGAAAGGCAGCUGCAGCGCGUCUACAGACACAGCGGUGUUAAGAUGGUGCGGGGCUCUGUACUCAGCAGCAGCUUGCUUCCUCGCCGGGGCCUCGUUUGUGUACGCGUCUUUGCUGCUGCACUGCACCCGCAAGAGACAUUUGAGCUUAUGCAGCAGCCACAUGGAGAGACACGUUCCUUGGGGCUGCGUUUUGCGGGUGUUGUUUGCUGCCCUCCCUCCUUCUUGAAGUCCGCGCUGCAGCAGCAGCAGCAUGGAGAGCAGCAGCAACAGCAGCAUCACCACGAGGAGGAGGCGUUUCCAGUGGGUGCUGCAGUGUGUGGGGUGGCAACCGGGUGUAUAGGCAGCUACGUAUUGACUCUACCAACUUCGCUAGCCCUUAUAAACCCUCAGUUUUCUUUUGAGGGCGCAUGCACUUUGCAGCUAGACUUGGUGCUGCUGCAGCAGCUGCUGCAGCACCUCGCAACAGCAGGGAUUGAGGUGUCUCCACAACUUAGGCUGUACAUCCACGGUGCAGCAGCAGGCGCGGGGUUGCUGCUGGCGCAGUAUUGCGUAGCACGAGGUGCUGCUGUUGCUGCUGCCUGCCGUUCGAUGCAGCAGCAGCUCCUGCUGCAGCAAGUAGGCGUGCAGGAGCCGUUGUUGCUGCCUCCUCCUCUCAAGCAACAGCAGCAGCAGCAGCACCAGCAGCAUCAGCAACAGGAGGUGCUUCUGCAGCAAGAAGUAGACGUUAUGGUGUAUACGCAAUCAGUUGACCCAAAUGAGCUGCCGCUGCAGCAGCUGUCUCUCGGUGGGCAGCUGCUGCAGCUCGGCUUUGAAGAGCUGCUGCUGCACCAGCUGCUGCAAGAGCACCGCCCCGACGCGCACUGUGCAUCCAUCUCUUUUUCGUCUUUCUUGAAGCGGCAGCAGCAGAUCGAAAUGCAUCUUGCAGCAGCAGCAGCAGCAGAAGACCCAGUAGCAGCAGCAGCACCGGCAGCAGCAGCAGCAGCAGAGCCUGGUCUUUCAGAUUGGUGCCGAAAGUCUGGAGAGCUGCUGCAGCAAGACUGGGCCCCUCAAGCUCCCGCUGCGCUGCUGCGCGUUUCGCAGCAGGACUCAGCAGCAGCAGCAGCAGCAGCAGAAGCAUACGAGCUGCUGGCAGAUGAAGGCCGAGUUGGCGACGUUGUCUUGUCUCUAGACAACAUCCCUCGUUGUCUUGCUGCUCCUGCUGCUGCUGUGCCUGCUGCUUCUGCUGAUGCUGAUGCUCCCGCUUCUCCUGCUGCUUCUCCUGAGCCUGCUGCCCUCCAGGUGGCAUCGCAGCAGCAGCAGCAGCCGCAGCAGCAGCAAAAGGAGCAGCAGCAUCGGGAGGAUACGGAGCAGCAGCAGCAGCAAGGAGAGCAGCAGCAGGGAGGAGGGAAACAGCAGCAGGGAGAGCAGCAGCAGGGAGAAGCGCAACAGCAUCAAGGAGAGCAGCAGCAGCAGCAGCAAGGAGAGCUGCCGCAGCUGGAAGAGCUGCCGCACUGGGCGCUGUCAUCUGCUGCUGCCCUGCGGGGUUGGGAGUCUGAGGGUGCAUGCACUGUGCUGCUUGUAGACGCAGCAGCCAUAAGCAGCAGCAGCAGCAGCAGCGUAGCGGUAGCUGCUUGCCGCUGGUUGCUGGGAGAAGGGGUAUCCCAUGUCGUGCUGCUGACCCCUUUGCUGCAGCUGCCAGCCGAGUUAAUGACAGAAGAAGGUGCUGCAUUGCUGCUGCAGCAUGACCAGCAGCAGCAGCAGCAGAAGCAGCAGCAGCAGCAGCAGCAGCGGAGGGGAGGCAUUCUCCCCAUUCAUUGCAGCUGCGCUUCAGGAGCAGCAAUUGCUGCAGCGCUCGAUGAAGUGUUGCUGCUGCCGCGGCUUCCGCCUGUGCGUGCUGCAGUAUUUCUUGUUGACGAAGAAGACUGUGAGCACCAAAGCAGCAACAGCAGCAGCAGCCACAGCAGCAGCGGGUGGUAUUAUCUUGAACGAGCAAGACAUGCGCAAAACCUGCUGCAGGAGCUGCAGAGACACCGCAUGGGCAGCAGCCUUCGCUUUUGGCUGUCAGUGAGCUAUAGACGAGCCCCCGCAGCAGCACCUUCUGAAGAAGAAGCAGAAGCAGCAGCAGAAGCAGCAGAAGCAGCCGCUGCUGCUGCUGCUGCUGCUGCUGGUUCUGCUGCUGCUUGGCAGACGCCGCUGAGGCAUGCUGGUUUUGCUGCUGGGGGAAAUACAGACGAGGCGCCCGAUGAGCUGCCCACUUCAGCAGCAGCAGCAACAACAGCAACAGCAACAGCAGCAACAGCAACGCCAGGUGAAGCAGCAGCAGCAGAAGCAGCAGCGGCAGCACAACAGAACAAAACAGAAUCCCUAGUGCCACAGACUAAGAGAACCGCAGUGGCACAAGCAAGUGCAGCAGCCGCAGCAGCAAAUGCAGCAGCAGCAGGAGCAAGUGCAGCAGCAGCAGCAGCAAGCGCAGCAGCAGCAGAAGCAAGUGCAGCAGCAGCAGAAGCAAAUGCAGCAGCAGCAGCAGCAACAGCAGAAGCAGACAAGGCGACCCACCCUUGCUGUCAGCAACUGCUUGAGCAUCUGCCGCUGCCUGUAGGGCGCUCUGCCUUGCAUGCUGCUCUUGCUGCAGUUGCUGCUGCUGCUGCUGCUAAAGGACUCAUAGCUCGCGAGGUGUACGUACACCCCGCGGGAGAGCCUUGCUGCAGCAGCAACGAAGUGCUGCUGGACCCCAACCCACCGCAUGCAGACUGCUGCUGUGCCCUUGAGAACCUCGCGCCCCUUGACAGCAGCAGCAGCAGCAGCAGCAACAGCAGCAGUAGCAACAGCAGCAGCAGCAACAGCAGCAGCAGCAACAGCAGCUGCAGCAACAGCAGCUGCAGCAGCGUGACGAUGGAGAGCCUGGUGGUUUCAGUUCUCUCGAACGCGCUGUUGCGGCGACAGCAGCAGCAGCAGCUGCAGAAGCAGCAGCAGGAGCGCGUGCAUGUGCAGCACCGCUUGCCUCCUGCUGCAGCAGAAGACUUGUCUCAGCUGCUGCCUUUCGAGAGACAGAGGAGGCAAAAGAGGUUGGGUGGCGAAGAAGAGAUUGAAGCGAUUCGCUGUCAGGUGUAUAUACUUUGCAAGCAGCACUUACCUCCUAAUGCGCUGCUGCUGCAGCAGCAGCCGCUGCAGUACCUGGGGCUAGAUAGCAUCAGCAGCAGAAGGCUCUUCUUUGCUCUCUGCUGCUGCUUCGCGCUGCAGCAGCAGCAGCAGCAGCAGCUUCAAGAAGAAUUUGCUACUGGAGAGGCCUCCGCCCAGUCCCUAACAAUGAAGAUUGCUGCGCUGCUUAUGGCAGAUAAAGAAGCAGCAGCAGCAGCAGCCGCUAGAGCAGCAGCAAGCAGCAAGGCGAGCAGCAAAUGCAGCAGCAGAUGCAGCAGCAGAUGCAGCAGCAGAUGCAGCAGCAGGGCCAGCAGCAGAUGCAGCAGCAGGGCCAGCAGCAGAUGCAGUAGCAGGAUGAGCGUUGCUUCCGAACACUGCAACGAAAGCAGCAGCAGCAACUAUCAUGCUGCUGCCCCAGUGCAGCAGCAGCAUUGGCUAUAG